AUGGCGACCUCGCUGCUCCCCUUAGGCGGCAUAGCCCUUGUCGGAGCUCCGGAUAGCGACGCCGGACUUAAGGACGACAGACGACCGCCUGUGCAGGCCAUGCAGGUGGACAUUACCCAGGACAUUGUCGACGAGCUCCUGGCCAGUGUUAGGAGCGGAAAAUCACCGCAGAUAAUCUUCGGGCGGACUCCUCAACUCAAGUAUGGCGACAAGACGCACAUGCUGCAGAGCAGCAGCGAGCUCCAUCGAUACGAAUUGUACAAGUCCAGCGGGACUGGCAGCCCGGGCAGCCUUGAGUUCGCGGGCAUGAUCAACCACAGUCUGAUGGUACACAAGGCGGAGGACGUGACGGCAGGCGUAGACUCGGCGCUGGAGCAGCUUAGGAGUAACAUGGCUGCGAUAUCAGAGUUCAAGGAAGCCAACAAGACCAUCGUCGGCGAUGCUGCUCCCGGGCGCACGCCAGCCCAUCGUCGCUUCCCGUCGACGGGCUUCAAGGCAUCGCACCUCGCUCCUUCCAUGCUGGGCUCGCCAUCGCUCAGCGCGUCGUCGUCGCCCAUGCACAAACGGGCUCCUACUUCGCAACCGAGCAACAGCCAUGACGUGAUAGUCAGCGCGCUGCGAGUCCCCAUCAUCCACCUCCUUGCGCGGGAGCCAGCCACCGAGGCCUCUCUCGCCGCCACCUGCAGGACAUCGCUGGCCAACAUACGAGAUGUCCUGCCCAAGAUAGCCAAGCGCUCCACUGCCGACGCCGACAAGUGGCAGCUGACAGACAAGUCGUUCCGUGAGGUGAAUCCGUUCAAGUUCCCCUACCAGAGCGCAGAGGACCGGCAGCAAGCCAUUGAUGGCGCCAUCAAGUCGUUCGACCGCCAGCGGCUGGCAAAAGACGACAAGCUCUGGCAGAUCCUGCUGCCCCGUGACCAGAGAGGCCAAGGCAUAUGCUUGUCGCGUUCGACGGUGAAGGCGCCGGAGGCUAAGCCCAAAGCGAGCACCCCAAUGCACAAGAUAUCUGAUCUCACCAAGAAGAAGACGGCCACGAAGAAGGCUGCCGACAAGCCUGCAGUUGAGAAGAAGCCCAAGGCCGCAAAGGAAGUAGAGAUCAAGCCCAAGUCGUCCAUGAAGGAGAAGUACUUGGCCCGUGAGAAGGCAGCCGCGGCCGCGAAGGAAGUGAGGGUGAAAGAGGUGAAGGAGGAGCCCACAAUAGCAACAGCCCCAGCCUCUUCGACGCCUUCAAGCUCUACUCCGCGCCCCGUCGCACCUGCCAAAUCCAACACACCUGCUACCGACGCCUCGAAAAUCCGCAGCAAGAAAGCACCUGCUUCAGAAGGCACCACCAACCCACGCGCCAAACCCAAGAUGGCUGGCCGUGAUUCCCAGAGAGACCGCCCCGCCAACCGGCCUUUCAAGCCCACCAUGCCCAUCAACACCAAGCCGAAGAAUCCCUCGCCUCUGUCCGCCUCGCCGCCUGUCAACGCCAGCGACUUCGAGGACUCGCACCCAGUCCACAAGGCACUUGCCGCAGCUCCAUCGCCCGCCAAGUCCGGUGCUAACUCUGACCGUUCGCUCAAGCGCAAGGCGAACGACAUCGACAGCGACAUUCACAACCAUAACUUGGCUGUGAAGAAGCCGAGUGUCGACCGCGCAACUCCUACUCACACCCCCUCACACACCAACGCCAAGGCCAACGGCUCUACGCCUUCUAGUACUAGCUCCCUGAAGCGGAAGUCGGACGACUCUUCUUCCUCCAACACACCCACCACCGCGCCCAAGGUCCGCAAGGUCGCCAACAUCGACACCGGCCUCGCCUCGCGCUAUCACCACAACAACCCACGCGCAUCCCCAGGCGCCUCGUCCACAUCAACCACCUCACCCUCCAUGCCCAACUUGAGCUUCCGACAGACUGUCGAGCUCUCGCAGAAGUUCCAGAAGUACUACAAGAGGUACGAGGAGCUGUACUGGCAGUUGACCGAGGCGGAGAAGCCCCCGACCGAGGCACAGAGGAACGACCUCCUGAAGAUGCACAAGAAGCUCGAGGAAAUGAAGAGGGAGAUCAAGGCGGGUGCCGUGCACCGAUGA